AUGGAACCUUUGGAAGAAAAAACCCGUUCUCCCUACCUCGAUCAUCACGACCCCGGCGCUCUUGAAGCCAAUCUCCCAGCACACGAGCAGCAUAUCUCCGGGGACGACGAUGGAGAUUCUUCGACGCUGGACAGCGCCGAGGUGACUUCACCCCGUCACCACACCCAUCACGCCCAGAAUGAAAUCGCCCACAUCCCCAGCAACGCUGAAAGUGUCCUGACCCGGACCCUCUCCGUGGUCCGUACACGAGAAUCAGGCAAAGACCUGGGUCCUCCACCCGACGGCGGCUUCACGGCCUGGCUGCAAGCCGCCCUGGGCCACAUGAUCAUCUUCAACACCUGGGGCUAUAUCAACAGCUUCGGCGUUUUCCAGACCUACUACACCGAAACGCUUCAGCGACCUCCCUCCGACAUCUCCUGGGUCGGCAGUAUCCAGAUCUUCCUGCUCUUCUUCAUCGGGACGUUUUCCGGCCGCGCCACCGAUGCUGGAUACUUCCGAUUCACCAUCACCAUCGGGGCUGUCCUCGAGGUCUUUUCCAUCUUCAUGACCUCUCUCUGCACCCAGUACUGGCAAUUAUUCCUGGCGCAGGGUCUGGGCCAGGGCAUCGGAUGCGGACUGAUGUUCGUGCCCACGCUCGCUUUGAUCUCGACGUAUUUCCAGAAACGGCGCGGCAUCGCCAUUGGCAUCUGCGCGAGCGGUUCAGCCACGGGCGGCUUGGUCUUUCCCGCGGUAGUCCGACGUCUGUUACCCAGCAUUGGAUAUGCAUGGACCAUGCGCACCCUGGGGUUCAUCUCGCUCGCGACGCUGGUCCCGUGUCUGAUUCUGCUGAAGCAGCGUCUCCCCCCGCGAACCACGGGCCCUGUUCUCGAGCUCGGCGCGUUCCGCGAACUGCCCUACCUCCUCUUUGCGGUGGGCAUGUUCCUGAACUUCUGCGGCCUCUACGUCGGAUUCUACUACGUCGGCAGUUUCAGCCGCGACAUCAUCGGCGCCACCGAGUCCAUCUCCAUCGACCUUCUCCUGGUGAUGAACGGCGUCGGAGUCGUCGGUCGACUCGUCCCCAAUCUCCUCGCCGAUCAAGUCACGGGCCCGCUGAAUCUUCUCAUCCCAUUCAGUGCGGCGACCGCCAUCGUCGCCUACUGCUGGGCCGCCGUGUCGGAUCUCUCGGGCCUGUGGGCGUUCGCAGCCGUCUACGGCAUCUUCGCAGCGGGCAUCCAGUCGCUGUUCCCCGCGACGCUGAGCACGCUGACGACCGACCUGAAGAAGAUCGGCGUGCGCAUGGGCAUGGUGAUGAGUGUGGUGGGGGUGGCGGCGCUGGUCGGGUCGCCCAUUGCCGGGGCAUUGGUGCAGCGUGAUAAGGGGGGGUAUUUGUAUGCGCAGAUGUUUGCGGGGAGUACCAUGUUGGCGGGGAUGAUGACUUUGGUGGCGGCGAGAUGGGUGAAGGUGGGGAUGCGUGUUGUUCGUGUCUAG